AUGGGGCAACCAGUAGUCCAAACGAUCCAAAGGGAUCCGGCGCUCUUCUAUUGGAUCCUGUUACCUAUCACUGUCGUCAUGAUACUUACCGGGAUUCUCCGCCACUACGCCACCAUACUCCUCCAGAGCACGCCUAAGAAACAACCUCUACCCAACGUACGACAACACCGAUCGCUGAUACGAGGAGUGAACCUACGGCAGAACGGUAACCAGCUGUCACCGUCUUCUUUUCAAAAUCGACGCGCCCAAAUGGUGUCAGACUUCAAAGAGGGAAAAUUCCUAGCAGAUCCCGAGGGCAGAGGGAAGCCACGCCCGAACCCUAUGACAGACCCCGCGGCCAUGGAAGGCAUGAUGGGAAUGAUGAAAGGCCAGAUGACUAUGAUGAUUCCACAGACUUUGAUCAUGGGGUGGAUCAAUGCCUUCUUUUCGGGCUUCGUUAUAAUGAAACUCCCCUUCCCUCUCACGCCGCAAUUCAAGUCAAUGCUGCAAUCGGGGGUGGGUACUCGCGACCUCGACGUCAGAUGGGUCUCCAGUUUGUCAUGGUAUUUCCUAACAUUAUUUGGCCUUCAGCCUGUCUACAACUUCAUCCUCGGCAGUAAUAAUUCUGCCAAUCAAGUAACGCAGCAGAUGGCACAAAUGAAUCCUAAUCCUGGCGCUAUGGGUCCGGACCAGGAUCCGGACAAGCUAUUCCUCAAUGAAGCGGAAAACCUUGAAGUGAUGGAGCAUCGCUGGAUUCUAGACGGGGUUGAGGAUCGAAUACUGGCACAACUCGCCUAA